CAUCUUCAGUCGCAACUCUGUCGCCGAGCGAUACGGACCUAUAAACUUUUUUCAUUUUUUUAUUUGCAAUCUUAAUUUUUAAUUUUUUUUAUAAAUUCAAACUUGUAAUAAAUUUUCAAACUAUCAAAGUGACGAAUCAGAAUUUUUCAGUUUUAAUUUUCCGUCAUAAAUUAAAAUAAAAUUUUUUUUAAGUUUGUAAUUAUUGACCAAAAAUGUUAUUAGUUUACAUUGUAAUUAUUGUUGCAAAUAUUUGUGUGAGUAAAAGUCAUGACUGGGGUUACACGGCAGAAAAUGGUCCAAGCACAUGGCCCGGCUUGUGUAAAAAUGGUAAAAGACAAUCACCAAUAAAUAUUGAGACAGACAAUACACUAAAAGAUGAUUUAGGAUCAUUAAAAUUUUUACAUUACGACUAUGCGUACACUGGGGUAUUAACAAAUACUGGGCAUAAUGUACAAAUAACAUUGUCUGGUGUACCAAUAUUUUUAAGUGGUGGUGGAUUAAUGUCGACUUAUGUACUUGAGCAAAUGCACUUUCAUUGGGGUGCUGAGCAUACAAUUGACAAUACACGUGAUGCACUAGAACUGCAUUUAGUACAUCGCGAUAAACAAUACGAAAAUGUGUCAAUUGCAUCACAGUAUGAUAACGGGAUUGCUGUUGUUGCUGUUUUAUUCAAGCUUACGGAUGAUGACAAUGACAAUCUUUAUGCAAUAUUAAAAGCUGCUGAAUCAGUAUCGCAGUGGGUCGGAAAGAGUAGUAUUCAAAUCCAACGUAAAGUUAUACCGAUCCAUCUAUUACCUAAUGAUCGGACAACGUUUUUUCGUUAUACCGGUUCAUUAACAACUCCUGGGUGUCAAGAGUCGGUUACGUGGUUCGUUAUGACGGAAAAAUUAACGAUAUCUGACUCACAGGUUAAAAUUUUAAAAAAUGUUCAAACGCACAAUGGAACUCUAAAUAUAAACUAUCGUCCGACUCAAGAAAUCGGUAACCGUAAAGUAUAUCACCAUCUACUAGGCUACUCAUCUUCACCAGUUAUUACCUCUAACCUAAUAAUCCUCGUCUGCACAAUAAUCUUUACUAAAGUUUUCUAGUCUUCGUCAUCCCUUCCAUUCCUCCCCUUUAUCAAUUAAUCAAAUAAACCAAAUAUCAAUCAAAUACAUCAAUUAAUAAACUAAUAAAUAAAAUCUAGUCCACUUCCAACGAAAAUAAAAUAAACUCAGGUUUUAUAAAUUUUAUUCAUCUGGAAUACAAUUAUUAAUAUAAUAAUAUAUUAUAAUUAAUUUACAAAAAUUUAUUAUAAAUUUUCUUAAUUCUUGCUUUUCUUUUUUUACAUUUUGUCAUUUUUAAAUCAUUAUUAUUAUUAUUAUUAUUAUUAUUAUUACGAUUUUGACGAAUUUUAUUACAAUUCAUGUUUGUUGUCAACUCAAUUGAUAAAUUACGUUCAUCAUUAAUAUCUUGCCAAUUAUUAUCAUUCUGUCCCAAUUCAUUAUUAUUACUAUUAUUAUUAUUAUUAUUAUUAUUAUUAUUAUUAUUAUUAUUAUGAUUUAUGACACUACGUACAUUAACUGCGUACGUACAAUUUUUUUCCAAAUUUUUUAUGUCAAAUCUAGUCUUCUGUAAGAACAAAGAAAAAAUAAAAAAAAAUGAAUUUUAAUAAAACUCAUUUCUAUUUUUAAACAUAAGUAAUUAAUUUUACCUGUGUGAUAUGGGACAGCGAAGAAGGUGCAAUAAGAUUGGGAGUUAUUUUAGAAUUAUGAAAAGUGCUGCAAGAUUCAAGUUUCCAAGAUACAUUGUAACUAUGAGCUUCGGUGUCAAUUGGCCAAACUAAUCUAGCGUCAACUUCGUCAUUGCAAUGACAAAUUAAUCUACGAACUCGUAAGCCUGCAUGGUGGCGUUCACAUCUGCCUGCAUGGCCAUCUACGUCGGCU